AUGGGAACCCCCCGUGUCCCCGUGCGGACCGUGCUCUUCCGGAGCGAGAGGAGUGGCCUGACCUACCGCGUGCCCGCGCUGCUGCCCGUGGGCCCCGGGCCCACCCUGCUGGCCUUCGCGGAGCAGCGGCUCAGCCCCAACGACGCGCACGCCCACCGCCUGGUGCAGAGGCGCGGCACGCUGGCGGGGGGCUCCGUGCAGUGGGGCGCCGCCCGAGUGCUGGGCGCCGCGGCCCUGGAGGAGCACCGGUCCAUGAACCCCUGCCCCGUGCUCGACGCGCGCACGGGCACCGUCUUCCUCUUCUUCGUGGCCGUGCGCGGCCAAACCCCCGAGGCCGCGCAGAUCUCCACCGGCAGGAACGCCGCGCGCCUCUGCUGCGUGACCAGCCGGGACGCGGGACGCACCUGGAGCCGCGCGCGGGAUAUUACAGAGCCUCCUGUGGGAGGCACAGUCAGUGACUGGGCCACCUUUGCCGUGGGCCCUGGCCAUGGCAUCCAGCUGCGCUCUGGCCGCCUGCUGGUGCCAGCCUACACCUAUCGUGUGGACCGGCGGGAGUGCUUUGGCAAGAUCUGCAGGACCAGCCCCCACGCCUUUGCCUUCUACAGCGAUGACCAUGGCCAGACUUGGCACCAUGGAGGCCUCGUGUCCAACCUACGCUCGGGCGAGUGCCAGCUGGCUGUGGUGGACAGAGGGCAGGCGGGCAGUGUCCUCUACUGCAACGCCCGCAGCCCCUUGGGCAGCCGUGUGCAGGCCCUCAGCACAGACCAGGGCACCUCCUUCCUGCCAGGAGAGCUGGUGCCCACCCUGGCUGAGACUGCCCGGGGCUGCCAGGGCAGCAUCCUGGGUUUCCCGGCCCCACCCUCUAGUAGAUCCAGUGAUGAGGGAUGGUCAUUGGGCUCCAGGAAGACCCCCUUUCUUCCAAACCUCUGUUCUGAAGUCCAGGAAUCCCCAGAGGAGGGCGCUGGAGACACCCAAGGGGGUGGGGGUCUGGGAGGGACAGAGGGAUAUGGGGAUGGUCCAUGGGGCCCUGGCCCCAGGGAACCUAGCCCAGGGCCAGGGCUCGGUGGGGACUGGAGAGCCUGUACCCCACAGCUCACCAGGCUCCCAGUUGCCUUGUAUCAGAGCCCCACAUGGCUGCUGUAUUCCCACCCAGCAGGGCGCAGGGCUCGGCUCCAUAUGGGUAUCCAUCUGAGCAGGUUCCCCCUGGACCCCCACAGCUGGACGGAGCCCUGGGUGAUCUACCAGGGCCCUAGUGGCUACUCUGACCUGGCAUCCAUUGGGCCCACCGCUGAGGGCUCCCUGACCUUCGCCUGUCUGUAUGAGAAUGGAGCCAGGGUGUCCUACGAGGAGAUCUCCUUUUGUGUUUUCUCCCUGCGCGAGGUCCUGGAGAACGUACUUCCCGGCCCCAGUCCAACCAGCCUGGGGAGCAAGCCUCGGGAGCCGUGCUGGCCCUCCUGAAGAGUCCUCUGACCAGGC